GGCAUCAUCCCUUGUUCUCCUAUCAGCCCAACAACCGCAAUAACAAUGGAGGCCCUCAAUUUCUAUCGGAUCGCACGUCAGCACAACCCGCAUUUCUCAAUUCAGGCCUAUGUGAGGACGUUAUGUGACCUGCAAGGUGUUCAAUUCUAUCCAUACUUGUCACGUCAAUUUUCCAUUGCACUUGAUGUUUACUUACACCUUCUCGCUAAUGUUGACUCACUGGUUCACCAAGCGAUCAGCCGCUCUGAUCCAAUUUGGCACCUCAAGCACGCAUGUCCGGCAUGUACAUACACGCUCAAAGGUGAAGUACCUUUGAAAUUCAGCCUACUCUACACUAUGGACGGCAAUGAUUCGCUGAAGCGAGUUUUAAAAAAGCUUGACUCAGACAAUGACAAUGACAACGCGCCUCCACGCUCUGCCAAACUCCCUUCUAUGCAGGUGGUUCGAGGUGACCGGUAUUUGUCAAGGGAGUUUGUAGAUCAGUUUGUGGCCGACUCACCAGCAGAUAUGAUGGCAGAUGAAGAUGAGGACAAUCCAUGUGCGGGACGAUGGAAGAAUAUGAGGGACGAGAAGACGAGGAAGAUGUGGGGUGUGUUUGAUGAAUCUGGGAUCUUCAUGUCUGCCUGUCGUCACGGCUUCUCGCUUCUGAUCGCUGACAUGGUGCAGAGCAGCGAACAAUCCAAAUACCCUCUGGCGGUGGUCUCAAAACUACUGGAUACGUUCGGUAAGGACUUGGGUGGUGGCUACGAUGUCGGCUGCAGGUUCAAGACUACACUCAGCCGGAGUUCUCUGGGAUGCCAUGCACACGAUCUCAACCACACUUCCCUUGUUGGAGCUUUUCACCGACACACUCACCGAUGCCUUUGUCAACUUGAUCAUCUCACCACCUACAUUGACAGACUCGGACUUGAAGAUCUCGAAGGGUGCGAACACAUUUUCUCCAAGUCCAAUGCACUGGCAGCAUCUGUUCGUUAUGCCAGUAUCUUCUACCGGCAACAAGCCAUUGCCAACUAUUUUCGACACAACGAUGAUUUUGAAGUGUAUUCGAACCUUACUACAUUCCUAUAUAACAACUACAAGCAGGCACUCAAUGUGCUCCAUGACGCCCACACAACACUACCCAAACUGAUGGCCGAGCUCGGUGUCACAGACGACAACGUUUUCGACGCUUGGCUGGCCGAGGAACGCAGCUAUCUAAUGUCCCUCAUGCAGGAGCCGACGCUCCACAUGGAAUAUUGGCAGAGGCUGGUGAACUUGUCUGGGAGCAGGUAUCUUGAUGCCGCGUCUAUGGCUUGGGCAGUGUCCACGCCGAGAACCGUACAGUUUGGGGCCCACAACGUCACUUCAACGACGAGGAAUGAGACUGUGCGGAGACACACAAUCGAGAACUACGAUAAGGAUUUGAAGGUCGUCCAGGAGCUUGAAGUCAAACUCGGGAUCACUCGGAGAUGGGUACCUGAUGAUCCGGUGUAG